AUGUUUGUGGAAGACUUAAACGAAUACAUUAAAAAUGAACAACUUACAACUGAACAAAUUUAUAAUGCAGACGAAACCGGUCUAUUUUGGAAGUGUUUGCCCCAAAAUUCAUUGGCGAGUGGUGAUGAAUAUUCUAUUGAGGGGUACAAAGAGUCCAAGGAAAGAAUCACAGCUUUACUUUGUGCAAAUGCAGCUGGGACUCACAAGUUUUAUAAGUCUAAUAAGAGAGCUUGGGUAACACAAGAGCUAUUUCUGGAGUGGUUUAACAACAAUUUUGUACCAGAGGUAAGAGAACAUUUACAACGCAUUGGUCUCGAAAAGAAUUGCAAAGUUCUUUUGCUAUUAGACAACUGUCCAGCACACCCGGAUGUAAAUGCAAUGAUAUCUGAUAAUGUUACAGUAAAAUAUCUACCACCGAAUUGUACAUCUUUGAUUCAGCCUAUGGAUCAAGGAGCCAUUCGGAGUUUCAAAUGCCAGUACCGUAAAUUUAUCGUGCAAAAACUUGUGGAUUCUAAUAGUCGACACGAAUUUGUUAAAUCUUUGAACAUUAAGUCAGCUUUAUGGACAGCAGCGACUUCGUGGGAUUCUGUAACCCCACGUGUUUUAAAUAAAGUUUGGAAUAACUUACUAUCUCAAGAUGAUGAAAAUGAUUCAACUUUUAGUAUUGAGAUACAAUCAGAUGUAUUAAUACCACCUGGUUUUACAGCUGAUGCUAUCUCAAAGUGGAUGGAGUGCGAUAUUGAUGUCGCACCGUUUGCUAUUGUAUCUGAUGAUGAAAUCGUUAACAUGGUCAAUCAAACAGAAGAAUAUGAGCUUGAGUCAAAUUCAGAGGAAUCAGAUGGAGGUAAUACGGUAGAAACCCCCACAUUAGCUCAAGCAAUAGAGGCUAGUAGUGUUUUGUUAAAGUUCUUAGAAAACUAUACUGGUACAGGUAUUUCAGAACCAGACAAAAUACAAGUGUAUCGCAUACAAAGUCAUUUACUCAAGGAACAAAUGAAUUCUAAAAGACAAACUACUUUAAACGAAUAUUUUAAAUUAAUAUAA